GAAAUGGAGCCACUACGACCAGCCAGCGCAGAGGAAAUACUUCAACUUAUUCAUAUUUACGAGCAAAGCUUGCCAGAUUCCAUACAAUUUGUAGCACUGUUGCAAAAUAUUUCACGCAUAAACGCAAAACUCUAUGGAUCUGAUUUGGAAGAAGUUUCGCACAGGCUACAAAAAACUGUUUACGUUCCGGGUGGUGAGAGUGCAAAUCGCUUUGCGACGUUCGUAGCCAUCAGUCGAGAAGAGGAUCCGUUUGUAUUGGUGCAUACUUUGCAAAAUCCACCGGUUGAACUUUCGGAUGCACUCCGUAAAACGAAUUAUAUUAACUGGGAUAUCAAACCAACGUUUGUGAUUGGCGGGAACAAAGCAAUAAGAGCUAGCCUUCAUCAAGUAGUAGAGGAGAAAGCACUACGGUUACAAAGUCGAUCGGAUUGUAUAAAUUUCUGGAUGCCACGGGAAGAAGCUGCCAACGUAAGCUUUGAUGUUCCAAAUAAUGUGCAGCUGAAACUACUAACAAAAGAGCAUGGAAGAAUUUUAAACGAAUCGUGGCCCUUUCGGUAUAGAACGUCUCAACGGUACAUAGAGUCAGCUAUCGAACAUAGCGUAGGUCUCGGACUGUUUGAUAAAAGCUCAGCAGAGCUAGUGGCGUUCGUGUUUAUGAAUGAUCAUGACGCUGCGGGACACCUGUACACUGUUCCCGAUCGUAACAAUAGAGGUUACGGAACCACACUUGCCAAAGCAUUGACACGAUUCAUCGCAAUCCAGUUUAAGCAACAUGUCCACACGUUUAUCAGUGCUAGUAAUGAACGAUCAAUCAGGUUGUUUGAAAAGAUUGGAUUUACGGCUUAAUGAUGAUGGCUCAGAUGGCUCGGUCCAUGAACAAUGCUGGAGGUGGAAUGCGCAAUCGGAGCGGCGUGAUGCGCAAUAGGGGCGGCGUAGUGCGUAAUCGGGGCGGCGUAGUGCGCGAUCGG